AUGGGCAUAAGAGGCUUUUACAGUACUCUGAAGAAGCGCGGUUUGGAUCCAGUUGCCGCGGAUCCUCAAGAUUACCAGAACCAAGCUAUUGAGGUUGACCUCUUCGGCGCGUUUUAUGGAUCCCUCGUUCGCCAGAUCACGGAUGAUUACGACCCAAGCAAGGUCCGAACUGUCGGUCUCGCAGUGGCAGCGCAUUUGGCAAAGGACUUUACCCUUGCGCAAUCAGAAGCCAUCACAGCAGAAGCGGAGCGAGCACAUCAGGCGAAAGAACAGACUGACAGCGGACUUCAAGAAGUUGCAGGCGAACUUGAAAGUCAUGAGCACGAAGUCGUCGAACCGCCAAUGGACCUCGAAGAGCGUGGUAACGAAGAUCAAGAAGGGCCUCCGUGA